AUGGCGCUCGGCCCAUCAUCGGCUCACCAGCUGCUUGCGACCGAACCGCGCGCAGAACGUGCAGGACUUAGUAGGACUCGCGCUGCGCAGUUAGAGUGUGCUAUUACCGCGGCACGCGCACGCGCACCGUCGAGUAAGCUCGCGCAGCUCCCACGUAUUGACCUCGGGCCUUGCGCGGCGCUGUUCGUACGCGCCACUUGCGGCUAUACCGUACGGGAGGCCCCGCCGCGAUCGAAUAUUGAAUGUGGGGGAGCCCAGCCCGUAUUUUAUCUAGCUCGCGCUGUAUUUGGAGCGGACGUCGUAUAG